CUUAUUAAAUAGAUUAUAUAACUAAUGGCUGACACUGAAGUAGAGGUAAAGAUGACGGACGAGGAGGUUCACGCCUUGACAUCGGAUGAACUCAUUGAAAUGGUCGGUAACAAUGAGAAUAUACCUUACGAGCAGAUGACGGACGAACAACUGGAUCUCAUGGAAGAAAUUAUGGCCGCCUUCAUGGCUAGUGAUGAACAGAUGGAACUGGAGGCGGCGGCGACCAUCAAUGAAGAGGACGUUGAGGUAAAAGUUACGAGCAAGCAGCGGAUACUUCGUGGAGUGAAUAAAAUAGACUCAACAAAGUUCUCAAAGUUCAGUGGUACAGGGGCUUCGGAAGGAAAUAAGGAUAAAAGUGGUCUCGACGAGUCAAGUUUGCAAAAGAGAGUUAAGAGCAAGUACGAGAGCAAGACCAUCAAAAAGAUGGAUAUGACCAAAAAGAAUAUGUUUGUUAAAAGACAUGACAUGCGACAACGUAUGAUCGAACCAAGCACUGUGAUUCACGUGCGAAAACUCAAGUCCCAUAAGAUGGACUUCUUGAGCGAAGACCCAGAAAAAGACCCAGUUGACAAAGAAGUAGAGAUUGGCCGUCUAAAGCUGAAAGAGUUUUUCGGAAUCGAAGAAGAAUCGGCCAAAGGUAAACAGUCAGAAGUUAGUGAAGUGAAAAAGCUAAACGUCCAAGAAUUCCUUGCAAACUUAAGCAGUAACAGUGCAGGAGAACAACAGGAAAAAGAAAAUGAGAAACCCCAAGUAAAGAAGCUGAAUAUUAAAGAGGCAUUCAAUCCUGAUGCACAAACCGGUGAAGAUACCCAACCUAAAGAGCAGAGGAAGAUUGGCAAACUAAAUAGGUCACACACAUUUGCAAGCAAAACACACGAAGAUGACGAUGAAAAUGGCGAGGGAGGAGUGAGAGUGCAAAGAACCGAGAGCUUGAGUGUGAAGAAAAUGGAUAUCUCUAAAAGGUUCCCAGCUGUCAACGGAGAUCAAAGCGACAAACCAGUUGAAAAGGAGAAAGUAACUGUGGGCAAGAUAAACUCAGCAGCCUUAUUUCAGAAUCAGAACGAGGAAGGCGAGGAUUCAAAAGGCGCAGAAAAACAACCAACUCCAGGAAAACUGAACACUGCUUCUUUGUUCCAGCAAAAUGAAAAUAGCGAGGAUUCAAAAAGUGAUAAGCCAACGCCUGGGAAACUUAACGCUGCGGCGAUGUUCCAGCAAACUGAAGAUAGCGAGGGAUCUAAGGCAUCUGAAAAACUGACCCCAGGAAAAUUGAACACAUCUGCUCUUUUCCAGCAAAAUGAAGAAGAUAACUUCAAGAACACCGAGAAGCCCACGCCUGGAAAACUAAACGCGGCUGCAAUGUUCCAGCAAAACGAAGAGAGCGAUAAAUCUACAAUGAGUGAAAAACCUACACCUGGAAAAAUUAAUACUGCUGCUCUUUUUGAGAAUCAAACUGAGAACGAGUUGCCUAUAAAUAGCGAGAAGCCUGCUAACGUUGGUAAAUUGAACGUUGGGGAGUUUUUGGCAAAUUCUGAUGGGGAUAAAGCAGAGCAGAAACCUAAAGUUGACGUCGGUAGGUUGGAUAUAUCAGCGGUAUUUGUACCAGAUGACAGUUCUACUCCGGAGAAGAGCAACAAACCAGCUGUAGAAGUUAAAAAACUGGACAUUUCUGCAAUAAUGGCUCAGCAGGAAGAAGGUGGGACUCAGACGACGAAAGAAAAGGAAAAUAUACCAGAAGCGAAGAAACUAAACCUGAAUGAGUUCUUGCAGAGUAACGCAGAAGUAAAGCUGGACAAAGAAGUUCCUGUGAGCGUGGGAAAAAUUGAUCUGGGUUCGUUGAGGGCUGCCGCAAUUGGGGAAGAAGAGGGUUUAGAAGGAGGAAAAGAAAAGGAGAGGAAGAAUGUUGGGAAGUUGGACACGAGCAAGUUUCUGCAACCAGAGGGGGAUGAGGCAGAAAGAAAAGAGAAGGAAAAACCUGUAGUGGGAAAGAUACAAGCCGAUUCGAUCAAGUUUGAUGCACACAAGGACCCACAGGAGGUGACUGAAGAGACUGAGGUUGGGGUUGGAAAGUUAAAUGUCAGCCUGGAUAUGUUUGUGCGCGGCAGCGCCGAAGAAGAGGAGGAAAGGUUAAGACAGAGUAAAUUGGAGAGGCAGAAAACGAUCAGCAAAAUAGAUACCAGUGCGUUAUUUGUUUCUGAGGCGGACGCUGAAGCGGAGCGGGAGAGAGAAGAGAAAAAGAAGAUAGAAGUUGGGAAAUUGAAUCUGAAUUUGGGCAAAGAGACUUUCGAAACGGAAAGUGAGCAGAAGUUAAGACAACUAAGAGAGGAAAAGGAGAGUAGGUUACACAGUAUACAGAAAAUAGACACUCGUACUCUCACUUUUGACAAUGCCGAAAUCGACGAAGACAAACAAAAGAUGAAGAUUGAAAGACCAGUGCAGGUUAAUAAACUAAACAUAACCGAAGAGCAGUUGUUUGCACAAUCAGAACAGGAAAACAGUGGAAAGGAAAAGCAAACAGUAGGAAAGAUAGAUAAAACAAAACUUGAUUUUUCUAUAUCGAGCACACCAGUUAAGAGGACUGCCGAAGAUGCUCCGACUGAAGUGAAGAAACUAAAUGUAACUGAAGCGAUGUUCCAAGCAACAUCUGGAGUUGCAGAUGAUGAUGAUGGAACCGGUAAGCAAGGAGGUAAAGUAAAGAGAAGCAAUACAGUCGGAAAGAUGGAUGCAAGUCGGUACAAGCUGAAAAGUGGGACCGAGGAAGAAGGGGAGGGGGAAGGUGCUAAAGAGAAAGGAGAAAGAAGGAGUGUGGGAAAACUGAAUGUAGGGGGACUCUUCAACUCCCAGGAGAGUGAGCGCGAACUGGAGGACAAAAAGAAAAGAAGCCAGAAGAAAAACCUUCAAGAGCUUCUGCAGGUUGAAAAGGAAUUGAGUAAAUUGAACCCUGUGGAUCCGGGUUCGAUGCAUGCUCAGCACAAGAAGGGAGCAGGAAGUAGAAAGAGCGUCCAAGUGGAAGGAGAAGAGUAUGAAACGAUUGAAGAUGAAUGCGAGGCAGAAAGUGUCACUUUGGCCCAUACUGCACCCUCGAAUAUGUUUUUGGACAACAGCGAUGGUGCUAAUCAAAAGCUAGAAGUGACUACUGACACACCAGCUGUGGAGGGAGGGGGAAAGGGGGAGUCCGCCCUCACCAAUGGAGACAGCCAGAAGCAACCCACCUCUGCCUCGCCAAAUCAGACGCCACCAUCUGCUGCAGCACAGAAAGUAGCAGCUAAUGUGGGAUCAGUGGAUGCCUCGCAGAUGUGUGUUGUGUGUGGCAAGAGAGUAUAUGAGACGGAGAGAAUAAGUGUGAACAGCAAGGGAGCUUCCAAAGUGUACCACAAGAGCUGCUUCCGAUGUGCUCAGUGCAACAGAGUCCUAUCAAUGGGCACGUACUGUUUGUCAGUGAACGGAGAGGUCUACUGCAAACCACACUUCCAACAGCUCUUCAAGGUCAAAGGAUCGUACAACAUCGAGUCUAGCAGUGGUGCUCUCCGAGACUUCCAUCAAUCAUCAGCAGAAAAUGCAGCCAACUUGUCAUCUCAAAACGGAGGCGAAAACGGAGAGGGCGGUAGAAUGAACAAUGGUAACCAUGAAGACGAGGACGAUGAGGUGUCCCUGCCGGACCUGAAGAGUCUCAAGUCUCGCUUCGAGUCUGUGGCCAAUGGGGAGUCACAGGAGAUGGUAGUGAUAGAUAGAGAUAACAGCAGUGCCUCCUCUCCCACAGCAGCAGCCAAUGUUUCCUCUCUGAAGAAUCAAUGGGCAAAUAAUGCAGUGGGUCGGUCAGAGUCGGUGAGAAUGAAGGACGACGAAGUGCAACUGUGCAGAAGCGCCAGUCAGUUGAGAGCCCAGUUCGACAAACCCAAUCAGCACAUGACUACAGCUACUGCACAGGACAACACCCCAGACGGAACAGAAUCUUCCGAGGACCCAAAAGCCCAGGAAGUGAUGUGUGUCUCGGGGGGAUUAGCAUCUGUGAAGAGUAUGUUCGAGGGGGGCAACAGGAAUGCACAACAGCCAAGUGGAAGACAGGUUGCACAAGAUGAGAGCUUGCAAGCGGCUAUGGCCAGAAGCUCAAUCUCUAGUAAAACAAUCUUCCAAAGUGGAGGCGCAGAGCCAAGCAAUGAUGACAGUGAUACCACAGCGAAUAAGUCGCAAGUUUAUGAGGACGAGUCUCUUCUGGCGGCUAGACAGGGCAGGAAGGGACUGUCAGCCAAGAGUGUGUUUGAGAACACUCCACAGGACAGCAGUGCAUCCACAACCACCAACGUCAACACGCAAAAUGAAGAACUAGCAGCCAUAAGGGCAUCCAGAGGCACCAACUUGAGAGCCAUGUUCGAGGGGGGAGCAGCAGCUGGUGGAUCGAGCGAGCAGGUGCAUAUUGACAACAGCCAGAGUGGAGGGACGGGGACAGGGGAAGACGAGAGUCUGGCAGCCGCCAGAGCUAGGAGGGGAGUGUCCAACAAAGCCAUGUUCGAGUCGUCCUCAGAAUCGACGACGACUGUCGUUAGAACGACUAACAAUGACACAGCGGGGCUGCAGGCGGGCAAGGCUAAAGAUCUGCUCUCCAAAUUUGAGUCUGGGCAAGUAGAAACAACCUCUGAUACAGAGGAUGAUGCCGCACAAGGAGAUAAAGUGGUCGAAAUUGAGGCCUGUCUCAGUCGUCCCUCUCCAAGCAUGAUGACUAUGCUGUUCGAAGACCCAGCCAACUGGGCCAAAAAGAAACCAAACGCAACAAGACCAACUCCUCCAGUUGUACCACCUAAAAAGACCACCACCACCACGAAACAAGAAACUACGAAAAGUAGUAGUAAUAGUGGGGGUACUGUAAUUACAACAAAGACCACUACCACCACGACUUCGAAAGGGUCAACCGGCAGCUCCUCCCAAAUGACGGAUCCUAAUACACUUCAAAAUGCAGACAGUGGAAAUGUGACAGGCCAUACACAACAGAUGAAUUUUACAAGGCAGACUUCAAGUGGACCUCAGCAACAGUUUUCACACCAUCAGUAUCAUCAGGAGUUUCAGCCGGAUCCCAACAGCUCCUCAAUGAUUUCAUCAUCUUCAUAUACGACCGGUUCUUUUUCUGGGGAAGUGUACCAGCAGCAAUCACAAUCCUUCUACUCGUCAUCGUCGUCAUCCUCGGACUAUUACGACAUGGAGAUGAGAGGAAAUAGUAAUAUGGAGGGAAACAUGGCGGAGUUCAGUAAUAACAGCAAUGUGUCCCCGCAUCUGUUCUACUCUAUGGCCCAGCAGGGAUCCCAGAUGCCGGCAGAUUUUAAUCAGAUGCAGAUGCAGUACCUUGGACUGACACCCAUCGAAGAGGAGGAAGGUCAGGUGAGCAACGGAGAGAGUGGAGGCGGAGCGAGUGCGACUGAAGCGGAGACUGUGGUGGCCAGUGGGUCUGCCAGGAGUGGCAAGGCCAUGUUCGAACAAGCACACACUAAUGCAAAUGAAUCACAGGCCACAGUCAAUGGAGGAGGGGAGACAAAGCAGGAGGUUGCCCCCAAGAAGUUCUCCCUCGGUCUCAAUAGUCCUCUCAGUAUGUCGGGCUCAUUCGGAGGGAGCAAUGGCCAGUUCCUUAUUUUCCCCACCUCCUCCUUGACCUCCGUCCUACCGAAUAGUACUCCUAAUCUUCGAUCCUCCCCCACUUCCCCAUGCCCGCCUUCGCCCAGCCCUCUCUCCUCAUCGGGGGCUGGAAAGGGGAGUUCGGUGCACACCCUAGUCGUGCCGCUGUAUGACCAGGAGACGUGUAGGGUGUGUGACAAGAGAGUGUACCCUCUGGAACGGGUGGCGGUCGGCAACCAAGUGUUCCAUGCACUCUGCUUCCGUUGUGCCACUUGUGAUAAUGUACUCAGGACGGGUAACUUCGCUGCCUCCCAGGACCACUUCUACUGCAGCCCACAUUACCAGGACUUGUUCAAACCCAAGGGCACUACCCUCUCCCAGACCAUCACGAGAAAUACCCUCUGGGGUCCCAGUGUGGCCAGAAUGUCCAGCAAACGAAGAUCAAAUGCACACCCUCCCACCCCCCUCAACGUCGCUUAGAUUCUUCUCCCGUCUUGUUGAAAUUAAACCCGCUUCUGUGCACAACCACCGGAUGAGAUACUUUUCAGAUUAUCUUGCUAGACUCACCUGAAAAGGAAACGUAUGGUACUGUCGUAAAAUAAAACUGACAUAUUGCUAAGUAUUAAUAGUUUGUUUGUUUAUUACUAUCAUCCGGUCCUUAUUUGACAUUAAAGAACUUUUCGAUGAAGUCGUAAAAUAAGUGAAUGAAGCCAACUUGUUUCAUGAAAACUUAUCUAUUGAUCGUCCUUAAAUUGCCUUCUGUUUUGAGCUAUUUUUCACCAUUUGUUACAAGUUGCCUUAUAAUAAUAAAUGAUAGCGGUUAUAAAGUUUGAUGGUUUGUUCAUGAUGUCAAGUUCGUUUGCCAAUGUCAUGUCAUUAAUGUAUGACUUAUCCUUAUCAGCUUAAGUUGGUAUUUGUAAAGGUACAUUCAAUAUCUUUCGCAAUAAAUCACUCGUGUUUGUUCUCUAUUCGCAAUUCACGCUAAGUUAAGUCAAAUUCGUUGGCGCUGUUUAUUUUUCAUCCAAAAUCUUUUAUACUCUCACAACCUAUUUGUAAUUGAUGCUUAACUGUUGUCUUCUUCUUUCGCCUCAUGUUAGGUUCACGACUUUUCAACCCCCGGACCCUUCAAGUUUUCUACCCUCGCCCGUCAAGAGAUGCGGUAUUGUGCUUCGUCUAGAUUUGCAUUGAAAUUCUUUCCAUUAAACUCAUUUGAGGUCAUCGUUAGUUUGCACUUGUUUAGGCUCCUCGAACGAACGCAGUUUUAUAGUUAAAUUGUUUUGACGGAUAUUCAAUCAUUUCCGAGUAAAAAUAUGUUGUCUUGAUGUUAGCAAAAUGAAAUCGAUUUAGAAAAAGUGCUGCGUCAAAAUUCAAAGAUUGGAUAUCUCGUUAAAUAUCUAUUUUGUUCGAUAUUUGUAUAAUACAUGAGAUCUCAAUAAAUGACCAUUGUUGCUAAGUUACGCACUUUGAAAACAUUUUUGAUAACCUGCAAAUAUAAGAAGCAACAAUAGGACUGAGAUGUCAUUCGUUUUUGAAUUGAAAUAUUUGAGUGCUUCGGGCUCGGUCCGAGCUAAUCUGUUUGGUAUAAACUUUGUAAAAAAAAACAAAUUUCCUUUCGUUGAGUAAUAGUAUUGAACAUUUGUUGGCUUUAGUAGAGACUAGAAAUCAAAGUAGAAAUUAUUUUUGUCAUCCAGUUGCGCUUUUUAUAAUCAUUUAAAUUAUGUCUGCGCUAUUUAUUAUGAAUUAACAAUUACGCUACCCUCA